AUGACCACCAUGCUUCGAAUCAACAUCCCCCCCGUCACCCGCGCGAUUCUCACAAGCAUAGUGGUGCUCUUCAUUCUGCAUACGGCGACAAGAUACAAGCAUUAUGUUGUUGGUGAAUCAUCGUCCUCAUUUUCUGCGGUGCCCUACCUCCUCGCCGUUCCGUCGAAGAUCCUCUUUUAUCCAUGGACACUUAUAUGCGCAACCUUUGUGGAACAGAAUAUUGUCACCCUGUUGAUUAACGGAGCUACAAUGUUUUACGGAGGCAAAUAUUUGGAGCGGGCCUGGGGCUCGAGGGAGUUUGGGAAAUUCAUUCUAGUGCUUGCCUUGGCCUCCAAUUUGUCCAUGGUGUUGCUCUACCUGACCACGGCUGCCAUUCGCGGCAAGCCUGAGAUUGCCAUGAAAGGAAUCGGUGGUGGAAUUGCUGUGCAGUCCUCUUUCCUGGUGGCCUUCAAGCAGCUAGUCCCGGAGCAUACAGUUACCAUUCUCCGUGGUCUCGUAAAGAUACGAGUGAAGCAUUUCCCUGCUAUAUUUCUCCUUCUCAACUUUAUCGGUGCACUCUUUCUCGGAACAGACGUUGCAUUCCAUCUCAGUUGGCUUGGACUGCUCAUCAGUUGGACAUUCCUGCGAUUCUACAAAUACCAGCCUGAUCUCUCGGGGACCUCCACUAGUGGCCGGGGAAUCAAAGGUGAUGCCAGUGACACCUUUGCCUUUGCAUGUUUUUUCCCAGAUGCCAUACAGCCACCUAUCAACUUCGUUGCUGAGCGAAUAUUCGCUAUUCUAGUGGCCGUCCGUAUCUGCACCCCAUUCUCAGCAGAAGACGUCGCUUCUGGGAAUGAGCAGGUAUUGGCGCGUGGAGAAGCUGGUCUUCCGAGUUUGUUGAAUAAUAGCGUCCGUGGAACACCUAGAUCUGGGAAGAGGGAAGAAGCUGAACGACGAAGGGCACUCGCACUUAAGGCUUUGCACUUAAGGCUUUAG